AUGCCCGCUGUCCUUCUGAAAGCUCAGUCGCUCAGUCCUGUCCGACUCUUUGCCACCCCAUGGACUGUAGCCCACCAGCCUCCUCUGUCCACGGGAUUCUCCAGCCCUCCUACUGCGGUGAGUUUGUUCUGUGACACACCUUCUGUGACACGCUUCCCUGGGCGAGCGUCCCCGCACUGUCUGAAGCGCGUUGCUCAGCGUCUCGUCCUGUGGUCACCGAGGUCGGGUCGGCUGACGAUGUUUCACGUCCUUCCCGUUCUUCUGUCUCCUUAUAAGCCACUGAAGGGAGAGUGCCGAAACCUUGACCGUUGGGCUGUCCGCUGCUUCCCUCGCUCUUGCCUGUGUUGGGAAGCCGUCCCUGGAGGUCUGUGCGCUUAG